AUGUCAUCGAUUACGGAGGACUAUAGAGCCAUUGCUGCUCAAAAAGUCAUCAAGCAGAGAAGUAAGAUCCCAGAAGCCUGGCUGAUACCUCUAGGCACCGCCAGAAACGGCACCAGCGUUAUGCACAUCCCAACUACCUGUGGAUUAUUGAGCGAUCUAGAAUGCGAGAUCACGUCCAACUACGACGCCACCGGGCUUCUACCAAAGCUUAAAGAUGGCACGUAUUCCGUUGAACAAGUCACGCUAGCCUUCUGCAAAAGAGCUGCGAUAGCUCACCAGCUUGUCAAUUGCUUGACAGAGAUAUUCUUUGACAAGGCGAUUGAACGCGCUCGCGAACUAGAUACAAAGCGACGUACAAACCCUAAAGAACCUCUUCCGCCGCUUUUUGGGCUUCCUAUCUCACUUAAGGAAACCUUUCAAGUCGUGGGCGAAGAUACAUCUUGCGGAUUGGCUUGCUAUGUGGAUGAGCCGGCCGAGGAGAACAGUACCCUUGUGUCGUUGUUGCUUGACUUGGGGGCGGUUCUCUACUGCAAGACCAAUAUCCCCCAAAUGCUUAUGACAUCUGAUAGCGACAACAAUGUUUUUGGAAGGACUCUGAAUCCUCGCAACAGCUAUUUGACAGCCGGCGGCAGUACUGGCGGUGAAGGUGCCCUUCUCGCACUUCGUGGGAGCAUUCUUGGAGUUGGGACUGAUUUAGGGGGGAGUAUUCGCAUUCCUUCCCUAUGUAAUGGGUUAUAUGGAUUUAAGCCAAGUGCCGACUUGGUACCCCAAGGUGGCGGACGAGAUCUUCGAGUACCAGGGACAGUUGGAGUUCUGCCCUCAACUGGUCCUAUGGCGACCUCCGUCCGAGACUGUUCGCUCUUUCUCAAGGCAAUACUACAGGCAGAGACGUGGAAAUAUGAUAGCAAUAUCAUAUCACUUCCAUGGGUGAAUCUCAAGGUCAAAGAACAGCUUCGGAUCGGCAUCGUCGAACAUGAUGGCGUUUUCACCCCUUCUCCUCCGGUUCGGCGAGGCCUUAAGAUAGCUGCAGAUCGUAUUCGACAAAUAAGUGGUGUCGAGAUUAUUCAGCUCAAACUGCCCAAUGUCAAGGAACACUACCAAGAUCUCAUUAGCUAUUCGUCACUCUCGGGAUGUGAUUAUUUCCGCGAGCAACUCGCCCGCACUGGCGAGCCAGUAGUUCCUUCCCUCAAAACCACUGGCUUCUUUUCAAUAGAGGCAAAAUCGCUGCAGGGCUUUUUUGAUCUCAAUGUACGCCGAGAAGAAGCUGCGAAAUCCUACCUCAAUUUAUUCCGUGACAAUGAUUUAGAUGCAAUCCUAAUGCCUCCGGCGCCUCAUACGACUCUGCCUCUAGAUACGUGGUCAACAGCAACUUAUACUGGCUUGUGGAACUAUCUCGACUAUCCUGCCAUUGUUAUCCCCGUGGACCAGGUGCGCCAAGAAGAUGUCGUAGACGAUGUGAGCAACGUGAAGUUUGGAGAGUUAGAUGCUAAGGUCUAUGGGCUCUAUACGGGACCCGAGUCGUAUAAAGAUGCCCCGGUUUGUGUUCAGCUAGUCGGAUACAGGCACGCUGACGAGGCCUUGGUGAAUACUGCGGAAAUACUCGAUCGAGCUAUUAAUAGCGUUCAAGGCUCUGUGCAUUAG